AUGGAGGCCCUUCUUCAGCAGUCCCGGGCCAUGUGUCCGUUCUUGAAGCGCACUUCUCCCACUGCUCUGCGCUCCCUUUCGACUGCGACCCGUCCCAGCAUGAGUUCCGGCGGAGGCACCAUGUCGAACCUCCAGGUCAUUGCUCGCCGUUGCCCCAUCAUGAGCAAGGCUCUGGCUGUCCAGAGCGCUCGUAUGGCCGGUGCCAAGCGCUUCACCUCAUCCGCCGCCGGUGUGAGCAACAAGACUUUCCGUGCCUCCCCGAGCAAGAGAUCGCUGCAUAGCACCGGCGGCAAUGGCGCCAAUUUGAGCCCGGAUUUCUACAAGAAUACCGAGAAAAUCCAGCCCGAUUUCGGCAAGGUUAAGGCGCCCCUCGGCACUGCCCCCGCGACGGUCACCGGUCCUCGUCCCCAGGCUCCUGCCACAAAGCCUUUCGACUACAAUGGCUUCUAUGAGGGCGAAUUGGAGAAGAAGCACAAGGAUAAAUCCUACCGUUACUUCAACAACAUCAAUCGUCUCGCCAAGGAAUUCCCCCGGGCCCAUACGGCUUCAGAGGAAGAGCGCGUGACGGUGUGGUGCUCGAAUGAUUAUCUCGGUAUGGGCCGCAACCCGGAGGUGCUGGCCACCAUGCACCAGACUCUGGACACCUACGGCGCCGGCGCGGGUGGCACGCGGAACAUUUCCGGACACAACCAGCAUGCAGUCUCGCUGGAGAACACUCUGGCCAAACUGCACGAUAAGGAGGCGGCGCUCGUGUUCAGCUCGUGCUUUGUCGCCAAUGAUGCCACCCUGGCGACUCUGGGAAGCAAGAUGCCGGACUGUGUGAUUCUGUCGGACAGUCUGAACCAUGCAUCGAUGAUCCAGGGUAUCCGUCACUCGGGCGCCAAGAAGAUGGUUUUCAAGCACAACGACCUGGUCGACCUCGAGAAUAAGCUGGCCUCUCUCCCCUUGCAUAUUCCCAAGAUCAUCGCCUUUGAGUCUGUCUACAGCAUGUGCGGAUCCAUUGCCCCGAUUGAGGCGAUCUGUGAUCUCGCCGAUAAGUACGGCGCCAUCACCUUUUUGGACGAAGUCCACGCCGUCGGCAUGUACGGGCCCCACGGUGCUGGUGUCGCGGAACAUCUUGACUACGAAAUCUACGCCUCCCAGGAUACACCCAACCCCAUCAGCACCAAGGGAACUGUGAUGGAUCGCAUUGACAUCAUCACCGGUACUCUGGGCAAGGCUUAUGGCUGCGUUGGUGGGUACAUUGCCGGCUCUGCUGCAAUGGUGGAUGCCAUCCGUUCUCUCGCCCCCGGUUUCAUCUUCACAACUUCUCUGCCUCCGGCCACCAUGGCUGGUGCCGACGCUGCCAUUCGCUACCAGGCGCGCCACCAGGGUGACCGCGUUCUGCAGCAGUUGCACACUCGGGCCGUCAAGAAGGCCUUCAAGGAUCUUGAUAUCCCCGUAAUCCCGAACCCCUCUCACAUCGUCCCUCUUCUCGUUGGCGACGCGGAACUGGCCAAGAAGGCCUCCGAUAAGCUCCUGGAAGAGCACGGAAUCUACGUGCAGGCGAUCAACUACCCGACUGUCCCUCGCGGCGAGGAGCGUCUGCGCAUCACGCCCACACCCGGCCAUACCAAGGAGCUCCGCAACCAUCUGGUGCAGGCUGUCCAGGCCGUCUGGAACGAUCUGGGCAUCAAGCGUGCCAGUGAUUGGGAGGCGCAGGGUGGAUUUGUCGGCGUCGGCGCCGAGGGCGCCGAGGCGCAGAACCAGCCCAUCUGGGAGAAUGCCCAGCUUGGGCUGCGCGACUCUAAGGCCCUUGAGGAUGCGCUUGCUCGCGAGUUCCAGCAGAAGGUGCAGGCGCCUCGCAUGCAGACCGCAACUCCUCUUUCCUCUGCCACGGCCACCGCGGCCUCCACCCCUGUCGGCGUAGCUGCUUAG